AUGGAAGCCCCUAACCCGUCCAACUCAGUCGAGCCUUGUAGCCAGCGUCAGAUUAGCCGUCCCGGUCCUGUUGUUGAGUCUGGGGAAGGGGUCUUCCAACGUGCCACUCUAGGCGGGUACGAUUCAAUCAAGCACCAUUCGCAACCUGAUCUGCCUCUCAUUUCUAGGGGCAACGACACGACUUCCAAUGUUAUGUGGCUGUAUUAUCAGAAUGUACGCGGCCUGAGGACGAAAAUUGACGAUCUCUAUGUAGCAGUAUGCGAUUGUAAUUACGACGUCAUCAUGUUGACUGAAUCCGGACUUGACGACAGCAUCAACUCCAUACAGCUAUUCGGAGCUGAAUUUAACGUUUUCCGUUGUGACCGUAGUCCUUCCAACAGUUCCAAGUCCAGAUUUGGUGGUGUCCUUAUCGCAGUAGCUCGUCACUUCUCUGCUGUAUCGGUUCAAACGAGGAAUGGAAACUCUUUGGAACAGAUUUGUGUCUCCACUACCAUACGUGGGAAAAGGAUAUUACUUUGCGCAGUAUACAUUCCUCCCGACCGCAGUCGUGACGUGGGGGUUUAUGAUUCCCAUUUGGCUUCUGUGCGUGAGCUGUGUGACCGUGCGUCUUCUGAUGACACCGUAUUGGUAUGUGGCGAUUACAAUCAGCCUCAUAUUGCAUGGGAAUUACAUGCUAACUCUGUUGUUGAUCUGAAUCCGUCUUUGACCUCUGCGGCGAGUGCUGUUCUAUUGGAUGGAAUCACCUUCCUCGGUCUCCAGCAGCGCAACUUCAUUCGUAAUUUUCGUGGCCGAACACUGGAUCUGGUUUUUUGUGCUCCCGAUAUUAACAUCGCUAUCAACGAAUCUGUAUCGCCACUGCUAGCGGUGGAUUUGCACCAUCCUCCGUUAGUAUUAUCGUUAUCGGAUACAAGAGGAGCAGUGUUGGCCGUUGAGGAUAGGAACGAAGGCGAACAAGCGUUGAAUUACGCAAAAAUUAAUUUCGCUGCAUUUAACGAGUUUCUGAGUAGCUACAAUUGGAACGCUCUUGGUCAGGACGUUAACGACAUGGCGACGCGUUUUUGCGAAAUUGUUUGCAGCUGGCUCGUGACGAAUACCCCACGAAGGAAACCUCCAAUGUCUCCAGCUUGGAGCACUCCACUUCUUCGCAUUCUACGGCGCGACAAAAAUUCUUGCCAACGUAAAUUACGCCGUCGACGAACUGUUGAAACCAUGCACAACUUUCAACUCGCUAGCAGUGUAUACCGACGCCUUAACCGUGCCCUCUACAAAUCAUACGUGCUUCGUGUCCAGACAAACCUGCGUAGAAAUCCAAAGAGCUUCUGGAAGUUUGUCAAUUCCAAGCGAAAAACAGCAGAUAUCCCGUCUAAGGUGUUCUCGGGCGCUCAGGAAUCGUCCUCCGUUUCUGAAAUGUGCGAUUUAUUUUCAAAACACUUUGCAUCGGUGUUUGUCGCUGAGGCAGCCACCCCGUCAGAAGCCGAGAGAGCUGCAGCUAACAUUCCAGAGAGUUUAAUAGACUUGGGACCAUUCGUCGUUACCCCACAGAUGGUUGAGAAGGGCGUAAAAAAUUGA